AUGAAUGAAGAUAAAUCAAAUGUUGUAAUAAAUAAUAUAAAGAAAAGUGAUGUUCAAAAAGAAAAUAGUCUUUAUCCUGAACCAGUAUUUAAAUGUUAUAUUGGACCUGGAAAUAAUGCUGAUUUAAUUGAAAAUAUUUUAACAUCAAUUGGUUAUGAACGUCAAUAUGAAAAAACAGAUGAUUUUAAAAUAAAAUGGGUUCAAACUAUACAAUCUAUUAAUUGGAAUUUAUUUAAAGAUGGUGAACAAAUGGUUAAUCAUAUACAAGGUGAAGAUUAUUUUACAACAAAAAUUCAAUUAUGUCAAUCAUUACAAACAUAUGAAAAAAUUUCAAUAAAUAUGUUUAAACGUCCAUCACAUUUUUUACCAUUAAAUCAAUUUGUUCCGGAAACAUUUAAACUAGAUGAAAAAUAUGAUCGAGAUACUUUUUUUAAUACACAUAAACCCGGUGAUGUUUGGAUUUGUAAACCAAACGGACUUAAUCAAGGAAAAGGAAUUUAUCUUGUACGAGAUAUAGAUGAAUUAAAAGAAAAAUUUUCGGAAAUCGAUGCUUUAGAUAAGAAAAAACAAAUAUCAAUUAAACCAAUGAAAAGAAUUAUUCAACGUUAUAUUAUGAAUCCAUUAUUAGUUCAAGGAAAAAAAUUUGAUAUUCGAUGUUAUAUGCUUAUAUCAACUGUUAAACCACUUAUUGCUCUUUAUCAUUCCGGUUAUAUUAGACUUUCAAUCUUUGAUUUUGAUAAUAAUGAUGAAAAUCUUCUUACACAUCUUACGAAUCAGUAUAUGCAAAAAAAAGAUCCAAAAUAUUAUGAUAUAAAAGAAGAUACAGCAUGGACUAUGGAACAAUUCAAUGAUUAUAUUAAUAAAAAUGUUGCUUCAAGUAAAAAUCUUGAACAAGAUUGGGUUUUAAAUGUGUUACCUAAAAUGAUUCAACGUAUAAUGUUAAAUGUAAUUGAAAGUAUUCGAAUGAGAUUAAAAAGACGUGUUGGUUGUUUUGGUUUAUAUGGUUAUGAUUUUAUGAUUGAUCAAGAUAUGAAAGUUUGGUUAAUUGAAAUAAAUGUUAAUCCAGCAUUAACAACAAAUACAAAUACACUUGUUCAAGCUAUUCCACCUGUUGUUAAAGAAUCUAUUUUAUUAUCAAUUGAAUGUUUUGAAAAAAUUCGUCAUGGUCAAAAAAUAUUUCCAUUAAAAUCUUUAAAAGGAUUUAAAUGUAUUUAUAAUGAAUUAGAAAGAAAAGGUUCAUUACCUUAUAUUGAACAAAAACGUGCUAUUUCAUCUUUACCAAAUAUACGAAAAGGUCGAAUAUCACCAGUAAAUAAUCUUCUUUCACGUUCAAAUACAAUUAAUUCAACUAAAAAUAUUCAAAAACAAAAUGAACAACAAACAUCUUCUAUAGAAAAACCAAUAUUAUCAUAUCAAACACGUCAAAGAGAUGAACGUGAACGUCCUAAUUCAAUGUGUUACAAUGAUAGAUUAUCAACACCAUUGAAAAUAAAUAAUUCAUCAUUAUAUGAAAAAGAUUCAAUGAUGAUGAAAUAUCAAACAAUUCAAAGAUAUCGAACUAAUUUUGAAAUAUUAAAACCAGCAACUGUUAUUGCUGAAGAAUGGGACAAUUUAGAUGAUAUACAAAAGAAUCGUCUUUCAAUUGGAGGUUCAAAAAGUCUUGUACUUAUUUCAAAAUUUGCAUCAUCAACCUAUAAUCAUUAUAAUUCAAUCAUUAAUGCUCGACAAGUUGCUUUGCUUCAUACAACAACAAUUGACACUUUUUUUAAACAACAAGAUAAAAAUGCAUUAUCCAAAUCAUCAAAAACAACAAAUAGAAUUCGAACACAAAUUUUUAAAUCAAGAAAAUCAAAUAUAAAUCGACCUAAUUCAGCAUCAAUGAUAAAAGAUUUCAAUUCAUUUGAAUAUAAUCAUCUAUUUAAUCAAACAGAUAUGACACCGACAUUAACAAAAUCUGCACUCAUUUAUCAAUUAAUACGUUCAAGACUUGAAGCCAAUUUAGCUCGAUCAAUAUCAGCUAAUAAAAAUCAAUCAGUCAAUAAACAAUUUAUUUAUUCAUCAUCGAAUUUCUGA